AUGACCAACAAAUUUGUUCAGUUGAGCGACUGUUCAACCAAAGAGACUGCAGAUCAAGCCACAUACUUUUUGGACUUGUCCAGUGGGGUUUUGGCCUUACUUGACCCCGUUGCAUCAUUUCAAAAAAGAAUUAGAUAUGAAGAGAAAGACAUUCGUAUCGCCAAGUUGGCGGUUGAAUUCAACGAUUUCAAUACGAAACUUGAAAGAACAAGAGCUGAAAUUGAUGGGGACCAAAAUAAGGAAGAAGUGUUAGAAGAGAAUAUGAUCCGUGAUGCUAACUCCUUCCACGACAUAGUAAACGAACCUGAUAGACCAAUCUGUUGGAUGAAGGUCAACGGCAUGUGGCCAAAUUAUCCGGGGACAUUACCAGACUUAGUGACUUCUUCGGAUCAAGAAAUCGAUAAAAUAUACCAGUCAUACGGUUUCAGCAGUCUACCAGGUUCCAGAGAUAUGAGAAUCAUGAUGAUUCUAUAUCACCUUGGCUUUGUGUUUUGA